AUCAGCUGCCGGCAGGAGGACAAGGAGCGGAAGAAGAGGAAGAAGAAGAAGAAGAAGAAGGAGGAGGAGAGAGAGCAGAGAGCCACAGAGCAGGCGACCAUUCCUCCAGUGCUGCUGCUCCCUCCGCCACGAGACACCUGCAGAUAGAACCGCUCCUUUCCCCUGCAGAUCGUUGUUUUCGAUUUCUCCCCAAGGCUGAAGCUCUCCAAUAUGUGUCGGAUCUAACGUCUCCGGAGAGAACCCGGAAUAUCUGACUCCCUUUGGUGGAUGUGGACACCUAAACCGUGGACAUGGAGAAGAUAGUGAAUUUAUCCAUUUCGGUGCUGCUGGUUUUAUGGGGGUGCGCGCUUGGAGGCUCGCCCAGUGUUCAGAUCGGGGGACUCUUUCCAAGGGGCGCGGACCAAGAGUACAGCGCGUUUCGGAUAGGAAUGGUUCAGUUUGGCACUUCUGAAUUCAGAUUGACGCCUCACAUCGACAAUCUGGAAGUGGCGAACAGUUUCGCCGUCACCAAUUGUUUCUGUUCACAGUUCUCCAGGGGGGUGUACGCCAUUUUCGGAUUCUACGACAAAAAGUCCGUGAACACCAUCACGUCGUUCUGCGGGACGCUCCACGUGUCGUUCAUCACGCCCAGCUUCCCCCUGGACGGGAACCAGCAGUUCAUCAUCCAGAUGAGACCUGACAUCAAGGGGCCCCUCCUCAGCCUCAUCGAGUACUACAAGUGGGACAAGUUUGCCUAUCUGUACGACAGCGACCGAGGCCUGACCACGCUGCAGGUCGUCCUGGACACGGCGGCGGAGAAGAAGUGGCAGGUGACGGCCAUCAACGUGGGGAACCUGAAAGACGAGAGGAAGGACGAGGCGUACCGCUCGCUGUUCCAGGACCUGGAGAACAAGAAGGAGCGGAGGGUGAUCCUGGACUGUGAGCAGGACAAAGUCAAAGACAUCAUGGAUCAGGUCAUCACAAUCGGCAGACACGUGAAAGGCUACCACUACAUUAUAGCCAAUCUGGGAUUCGUUGACGGAGAUCUGUCUAAGAUCCAGUACGGUGGUGCCAACGUGUCGGGCUUCCAGAUCGUGGACUUCGACGAUCCUCUGGUGUCCAAGUUUGACCAGAGGUGGGAAGCCCUGGAGGAGAAGGAGUAUCCUGGUGCCGACAAUAAAAUAAGGUACACGUCUGCGUUGACCUACGACGCCGUGCAGGUGAUGACGGAGGCUUUCCGCUACCUGCACAAGCAGCGCAUCGACUUCACCAGGAGGGCCAACAAUGGCGACUGCCUGGCCAACCCUGCUGUGCCCUGGGCUCAGGGUGUGGAGAUCGAGCGAGCACUGAAACAGGUCCGUGUGGAAGGCCUCACAGGAAACAUCCAGUUCGACCAACAUGGCAAGAGAGUCAACUACUCGGUGAACGUAAUGGAACUGAAGACCAACGGCCCGGUGAAGAUUGGAUACUGGAAUGAAGUGGACAGAAUGGCUGUGACCAAAAGUGACGUGUUUGCCAACGAAUCGACAGGAAUGGAAAACAAAACAGUCAUCGUCACCACCAUCUUGGAAGCUCCGUAUGUGAUGCUGAAAAAGAACUCUGACCUUUUCGUGGACAACGACCGCUACGAGGGCUACUGUGUCGAUCUGGCCGCCGAGAUAGCGAAACACUGCGGCUUCAAAUAUCAGCUGAAAAUCGUGAGCGAUGGGAAAUAUGGAGCCAGAGAUGCAGAGACUAAAAUCUGGAAUGGGAUGGUGGGAGAGUUGGUGUACGGGAAAGCAGACAUUGCUGUGGCUCCUCUCACCAUCACUUUGGUACGCGAGGAGGUCAUCGACUUCUCCAAGCCCUUCAUGUCCCUGGGAAUCUCCAUCAUGAUCAAGAAGCCUCAAAAAUCCAAACCGGGAGUCUUCUCCUUCCUGGAUCCGCUCGCCUACGAGAUCUGGAUGUGCAUCGUGUUCGCCUACAUCGGCGUCAGUGUCGUGCUGUUCCUCGUCAGCCGCUUCAGCCCGUACGAGUGGCACACCGAGGAGUACGAGGACGGGCAAAUCCAGACCAACGAGUCGACCAACGAGUUCGGCAUAUUCAACAGCCUGUGGUUCUCCCUCGGAGCCUUCAUGCGUCAAGGCUGUGACAUCUCCCCGAGAUCUCUGUCUGGGCGUAUUGUCGGUGGCGUGUGGUGGUUCUUCACUUUGAUCAUCAUCUCCUCCUACACGGCCAACCUGGCUGCUUUCCUGACAGUCGAGCGGAUGGUGUCUCCCAUUGAAAGUGCAGAGGACCUGGCCAAACAGAGCGAGAUAGCGUACGGCACCUUGGACUCCGGCUCCACCAAAGAGUUUUUUAGGCGCUCCAAAAUCGCCCUCUUUGACAAAAUGUGGACGUACAUGCGCAGCGCGGAGCCCUCUGUGUUUGUGAAAACCACAGCAGAGGGCGUUGUGAGAGUCCGCAAGUCCAAGGGCAAGUACGCCUACCUGCUGGAGUCCACCAUGAACGAGUACAUCGAGCAGCGGAAGCCAUGCGACACCAUGAAGGUGGGAGGCAACCUGGACUCCAAAGGCUACGGGAUCGCCACGCCGAAAGGAUCCUCAUUAAGAAAUGCGGUUAACCUCGCAGUACUAAAACUGAAUGAGCAAGGCCUGUUGGACAAAUUGAAAAACAAAUGGUGGUACGACAAAGGAGAGUGCGGCAGCGGGGGAGGUGAUUCCAAGGAGAAGACCAGCGCCCUCAGCCUGAGCAACGUGGCUGGGGUCUUCUACAUUCUGGUCGGAGGACUCGGCUUGGCCAUGCUGGUGGCCUUGAUCGAGUUCUGUUACAAGUCCCGAGCCGAGGCGAAACGAAUGAAGGUGGCAAAGAAUGCACAGAAUAUUAACCCAACUUCCUCGCAGAAUUCACAGAAUUUUGCCACUUAUAAGGAAGGUUACAACAUGACCUUCGGGGACGCCAUGAGGAACAAAGCGAGACUUUCCGUCACUGGGAGUACUGGGGAGAAUGGUCGGGUGAUGACUCCAGAGUUUCCUAAAGCUGUCCACUCCGUCCCUUACUCGAGACCUGACAUGGGACUGAACGUCAGCCUGACAGAUCUGUCCUGAUCAUUGAGAAACUUCUGAGUGCCUUACGACGGUUUCAAUUGAGCGAUUCUCUUCUUCUCUUUUUUCUUCGAACCCUCCCUCCCUCCUUCUGUUCCGGCACUUUUUUGUUUCUGUGACUUGUCUGGUGAAAAAAUGGAAAUGCAGGCGAUGGGAGUCUCUCACAAAAGACUCAUAUUGUCGCCCUCUGUCUCGAUUUCUCACCAUUUUCGGAAACACCGCCCCUCCCCCCCUCUGGGCGGAAUUACAUGUGGGAAUAUCAAAAUGGAGGCUCUCCUUUUUUUUCUUUUUCUAAACUGGUGACACCAUGCUUUCCUGUCAAUCUUUCUGGACUGGACCGAGAAGCAAAGAGGGCUUGAUUGACGGCACCGGCUGCUUCUGGGAGUUUGAGUUUUAGUCACCUCGGCUGUUUGUGUGUGUGUGUGUGUGUGAGUGAAAGGCGAGUGUGUAUGUGUGUGUGCGUCAGGGGAAGAUGUCAUCAAAAACACACUGUUUCUGUAGCCACCGCCACCAAACAGGAUUUUCAAGCACACUUGAUACCAUCUGCAUUAAGAUGUGAAAUUGUCUUUUUUUUUUUUUCCUUUUUCUUUUGUAAGAAAAUCUAAGAAAACAAAAGUUUAUUUGCAAAAAAAAAAAGUAUUUUUAUGUAUUUUCACAAAAUAGCUUUUAAAUAAACUUGCUUACAUACUGGUUGAAUAUAAACAUAUUAAUGUGUGAGUGUAAAGAAAGAGAAAAAUACUAAACAGCUUCUAGUUCCAUAUUUUCAAAGCCAAAUACAUCGCGUGUGGGGGGGGGGGGGGGGAGAGAUGUUGAAAUCAUGUAAUUAAUUCCUAUUCUAAACUUUUCCUGUAUAUUUUAUUCUUUAACAUUUGGUGUUGAUAUAAAAAUGUAUGUCAAUGCUUGACAUUUGGGAAAUCAAUUCUUCUCUAUUUUUUUUCUUUCUUGUUGACAGUCGGUGCAGCGAUUUAGUUUUUUCAAAUUCUGUUUUUUUUAUAUUGCUUUACACUUCCUGUCUCUUCGUUGGCUUCAGUGCUUUUGCUGUUUGUAUUUUUUCUGACGAGGACCAGGGUCGAUGUUCUACUUUCAAACGACAGGAAAACGGAAUCUGUUUACACGCGACGAAUGCGAAACGAAGACAAAAAAAUAAAAGACACACAAAAAAAUAAACAGUCUGGUGUUUAUCGCAUCGCACUUUUGGAAGUGACAUCGAAAAAGAGGCAUCAGCAUCCAAAUGGUUCAACGUGGUGGUUUUUUUAAAAUGCCAAAUAAGUGAGAGUGCCAAAUUCUAGUGCCGGUAGAUAUGAAUAUUUAAUAUAAUCAAAUCACUGUCAUCUCAGUGAAUGUAAAUGAGACACUCUGUGACUUUUGUAUCUAGAUGUACAGUCGGUGGCAAUGACAGUGCUAAUACAAUAGCCUUUCUUUUUUUGCUUUGUUUUCCAGUCUUCAUGUAUUUUUCGCAUUGAUCUGACAAUGAAGUAGCACCAGUUGCAUGUUGUUGCCCGCAAAUACUACAUGAGUUUUAUUUCAUUACUGCCAAACAUGCGGUUUCACUUUUUCAUUUUCAAUGUUGAAGUCGUGAGGUUAACUGUUUGAAGUUGGAAAAUACAAUGUUAGACAUAUAUACAGUAUAUACAUAUAUUUUAUAUAAAAAGUUUAAAUAUGAAAAAUUAUAGCCCCUUUGCAUUAAAGCGUCAGAGCUACUUUGCUGCCGUCAAAGACUAAAUUUGAUUUCUACUUAUUCAGAAAGUACAAUUUCUUUUUUCUUUUUUAAGAUAUACGGACAUAAGUUCUCAGAGUUUAAACUAUUGGGUAUAUUUUGGUUUUUAUUAAUUUCUUUUCCUACAAUUUGACAUGUGACGAGCCCUCCACUGCGACAAGUGAGGGAGGCAAACUGUACUAUUACUACCACUGUUGUUUUUUGUAAUCAACAAUAGAAACAUAAACCGUGGUCUCAUCGCAUAUUCGGGCUAUUCUCACUGACAUUUUGUAUAUGGAAUGUGUGCUAACUUGUUUAUUUUUUGGGACUCUUUCUAAAUAAAGUGGCUGAUGGCUUGUUA